AUGAUCGGACCUGGAACAGAAAUUGAUUCAACACAUGCCAAAUAUCCUGUUGUUAAAGAAGCGUUUUCCAGGGUUCAGGUUGAAGCAUCAGAAGAUAAUCCAAAUGCUCCCAUUUUUUGGUGGGAUGGAGAUAUUUAUCCCAAAGAUUUCAAGAAUGUAGGGCCAAAUCAGAGAAUAAAUAAGAUUCCUGGAAUGGACUAUAUCUGUUACAAAUCAACUUUCAUUCAUUCUAUGAAUCAAAUGCGUAGAUUAUUUACAAAUUUCUAUAAAUUCUUUCCAUUAAGCUUCCUUUUGCCACACCAAUUUACAGAUUUCCAAAGAGAGCACGAAAAGUUACAGCAUCUUCUCAGAAAGCCUGUAACUUGGAUUGUUAAACCUAGAAGUGGUUGCUGCGGCCACGGAAUCAAAUUAAUUCAGCAUGUUUAUGAAAUCGGAAGAAAAGCUGAAUCUGUUGUCAUUCAGAGAUAUGUAGCUCCUUACUUACUUGACGGUUAUAAGUUUGAUUUUAGAUUUUACGUGCUUAUAUCAAACUUAUCGCCAUACACAGUAUAUAUUUAUAAGGAAGGACUCGCCAGAUUCUGUACAGAGAAAUACGUACCGCCAAGCCCUGAUAAUUUAAAUGAUAAGUUUUGCCAUUUGACAAAUACUUCGAUCAACGUUGAAAACGAGAAUCCAUCAACAGAUUUUACAAAACUUGCUUCAGAAGUUUUGGCUCAAAUCCAAAAUUUGAUUCCAAAGAAGUCUGAAACCGUUUGGCGUAAGAUUUGUAAUGCUACAGCCCUUACAAUGCUUGCGAUGUGGUCGCCAAUCGUAAACGCGAUCUCAAAUUGCGGAACAACAUCUCUUGAUACAAUUGGCACCCAUUACAGCUUUUCAUCAGCAGGAGGCAUCGACAAAUACAAUAAGUUCUUCCAUAUCUUAGGAAUCGAUAUUAUGCUCAAUGAAUUCUUAAAUCCGAUUGUUCUCGAGUUAAACGACAGACCAUCAAUGAUGGUUACUUUCGAUAUUGAGAAAGAACUCAAAACAAACUUAAUUGUCGAUACUCUUCAUACGAUUUCUACUGAUGGAUCAAUGGUUAAAAGCCAUUCUCCAAAUUGGGAGCAAAUUCUCCCAGCGGAUCCAUCAACACCGUUUGCAGCAGUUGUUGAUGAAGUUUGCAGCCAAAGUUGCUCUGUUUUGAGAUCUACAAGUCCAAUGAGGAUUCCGAAGUCAUCAACAUACGGAGCAGAGUUGACAUUUGCGGAUACAAAGCAGUAG